AUGGAAUUUGAAGCAGCUUCUGUGAAUGCAGACGACGAUGACGACUACGACUGGUCCGCCGCCGUGGAAGAGAUCGACCGGAUCCACCAAGGCGAGCUACCUCCUCAGGCUAACCUUCAGACUGCUCUCUGGGGCCACGAUGCCCCCAACGCUUCCCAACUGCGCACAAUCAGGGUGCCAGUCAACGCGGUGCAGAGGCCGCUGACAUCAUUCUUUGAAAGCGGCCCAGCGCAGCGGCCGUUCGGAGACGCGCGCGCGCUUGCUGAGGAAGAGAAUGCACGGAGAGAGGAGGAGGCCGCGCCGGAAGCGGUGCCAAUCGAUCCAGAGGCGGCCACCACCUGGAUCUAUCCUGGCAAUGUGUCUCGGCGCGAGUACCAGUACCAGGUCGUGGCGCGCGCCCUGUACGAGAACGUGCUGGUGUCGCUACCCACAGGGCUGGGGAAGACCUUCAUUGCAGCCGUGCUCAUGUACAACUACUUCCGCUGGUUCCCAGAGGGCAAGGUCGUGUUCUUGGCGCCGUCGAAGCCCCUGGUCAAUCAGCAAGUCGAAGCUUGCUAUGGGAUCAUGGGCAUCCCGCAGGAGAGCACUUCGGAGAUGACCGGAGCAGUUGCACCGACAGUUCGGAAAGGCCUGUGGCAGGAGAAGCGCGUCUUCUUCCUCACGCCGCAAACCCUGGAGCAAGACCUGUACACAGGCAUUUGUCCUCGCGAGUCCGUCGUUCUGAUAGUCAUCGACGAAGCGCACAGAGCCACCGGAAACCACUCCUACUGCAACAUCAUCCGAGAGAUGGAGAGCAUAAGGGCGCGGUACCGCAUCCUCGCUCUCACCGCCACGCCUGGGUCCGACUUCAAUGCCAUCCAGAACGUGAUCAACAAUCUGCGCAUCUCCCGCAUAGAGCACCGAGGGGAAGACCACGCAGAAGUGGCCAUGUAUACACACACUAAGGAGAAGGUUCUCAUCCCCGUGGAGAUGGACAGGAACUCGGCGACCAUCCGCACGCUCUUCGUGGAGGCCAUCCGGCCGAUGCUCGGGCGGCUCUGCUCCUUCGGGGCUUUCUACAGCAAGGACGUCACAGCGGUGACGGCUUUCCAGAUCCUCGACGCCAAAAACCGGUUCAUGGCGAACCCCCCUCCGCACGUGCACGACGGCAACAUGCGCGAGGUCAGCACGCUGUUUGCGAUCCUGCACUCGCUCUACUUCGGGACACAGCUGCUCACGUCCGACGGGGUCCAGCAGAGCUUCAAGUACAUGGAGGGCAAGCUAGAAGACAACCCCCUGCUCCGUGCGCACCGCGCCCGCGACGCCCGCUUCAUGAACCUGCUGGACGCAAUGCGCGACCUGGUGCGGCGGGGCGCGCCCGCGCCCAAGCUGCUGAAGCUGGAGGAGAUCCUGGCGGAGCACUUUGAGCGGCACGACCCGGAACAAACACGCAUUAUCGUCUUCGCAGAGCGUCGUGAGAGCGUCAAGGACAUCAAUGAGACGCUCCAAAAGCACGCACCUAAGGUGCGGUCCACAGAGUUCAAGGGCCAGGCUUCGGGCAAAAACAAUAAGGGCCAGUCCCAGAAACGCCAGCAGGCGGUUUUGAAGGAGUUCCGCGCGGGCGCCUUCAACGUGAUUGUCUCGACCUCCAUUGGCGAGGAGGGCCUGGACAUCGGAGAGGUGGACCUGGUCAUCUGCUUCGACGCGUCCGCCUCUCCGCUGCGGAUGAUCCAACGGAUGGGCCGGACGGGACGGAAGCGGCAGGGCCGAGUAGUGAUCCUGGCGGCCAUGGGCAAGGAGGUGCGCGACUACGAGAAGAACCAGGCCAAGAUGCGGGCCGUCCAGAAGAAGAUGCAGAACGGGGGGCAGGACUUCGAGAAGCACACUUCACCCAGAAUGGUCCCCCACGCCUUCCGGCCCACGAUGCGCACCGUCAUCAUGGACAUCCCCGAGUACAUUCACCGGGGCAACAAGACCGUGCGCGUCCCCCUGCUAGUUGACCCGGGGACCGAAGAACUAGGCGCGGAGGAAAAGGCCACUCUCGCCCGGUGGCCCUCCCCCGAGCGCCAUUGGUCGCCCUCCCUCAUCGCCUUCUCCAACUUCCAAUCGCAGCCGUCGAAAGUGCACAGGAUCCGCCACGGGGCGCGCACGACGGAGCUCUUCGUGGGGGUGCUGCAGCGGCUGCAGGACGGCCCCCCUGAAACGGAACUGCGGCUGGAGUGGGCCCAAGAUGACCCCGCCGAAACGGCACCUCAGACGGAAGGGGGGCUACUACAGCAGGAAGAGAGGCCCCUUGAAACGGAACUUGCGCCGGAGGGGGUACUGCAGCAGCUGCACGACGGACCUCCCCAAACGGAACCGGGGCUGGAAAGGGAGCGGCAACGGUCGCAAGACCGCCUCCCCCACUCGGAUCCAGGGGAUGACGACAGCGAUGACGUCAGCGACCAGGGACUUGACAUCUUCGCGCGAAAGGACACGGGAAGGUCGAAGAGGGCGCCGAAGCCAGCGCGCGUAGGGGCGGCGAAGGGGAAGGGGAAGGAGCAGGGCGGAAACGUGGUUGGGGCAGGGUUACCGGGCAGGUUACCGGCAGGGCUAGCGGCUGCUCGGGACGGUUACUUAGACCAGAACAGGAGGGCGGAGAGGGCGGGCCCGGGGCCUAGCAGCGUUCGAAUGCAGAGGGGGGAAAGCGUCCGAAUGCAGAGAGAGGAAAGCGUCCGAAUGCAAAGAGUGGACUUUGGAAGUUCCCGGCCCUCAGGAGAGGUAACCGAUUGGGACUGGGGAGAUCUGGGGUACUCCGAGGAGGGGGAAAAGGCUCCAGCAGAGGAACCGGGCCGGCCUUGGAGCCCCCCGAGGCCCCAGUUCACACCCCCGGGGAGCGCGCGCGGGGUUGAGACGAUGUUCAGAGCGGAGAGGCCGGCUGAGGACUUGGGUUCGUUGCAAGCGAACGAGUUUGAGAUGAGGGGAACGACAUGGGGGGACGUUGGACAAGCCAACGGUUGCAGCCAAGGGGGAGGCGACUUUGGGGCGGACACGUGGCACGCGGAGGAAGGCAUUUGCCGAAGGCGCGGCUCACGCGACGAUGGAGGGAAGUCGGACAGUGAGAGGAGUAGGUGUAGGGAGCAGACUGGAGGGGCUUUGGUUGAACGGAGCGUUCCGGAGGCUGGCGAAGCGCAGUCCCAAUCGGAGGGGUCGCAGGGCAGCUCGCCACGAGAUUCGCAAAAACCGGAAGCUGCUUCGAAAUGUGUGCCAGAACCUGUGUCCGACAGUGGAAAGGCCGGAGACGGUUUGGAGUGCACCCCCACUCGGAUCAAGGGAAUGGCUGCUAACCAGGGGGAGAAGUCGUCGGAUGAAACGUCGUCGGACAGCGACACUUCUGCGGACGGGAGCGACGAGUCGUCCGACGAGAGAGCGGACGAUUCGGGCGAAAAUCCGGCGGAAGCGGACGGAAAGGCGGACGGAGUCGGGAGAGAGGCUGAGGGUUCGGAGGACGGCAUCGACAGCGAAAGGGAGAAUGGUUGUGAAACGGGGCACUCCCCUCGGGCGGUCAGGAACAGCGGGGAAGUGAAAAGAAAGAGAAGGAGCACGGGCGGCGAUCCUCGCGACGUCCAAUCCGGAGACAAGCGGAUCAAGAUCACACCGAAACGCUCGCGUUUGACCAGCGAAGCCUCCAAAGAACAACCGGAGGCUCCGCUCGAGGCGCAAAACAUCCAUUGCGAGGUUCUGAAAAGCGUGAGUUCCAAGCGAACCCAGGCAAGGCUUUCGCAGGGAAGCCAGAAGCCGCGUCCUCUCGGCGACUUGUCGCCGAACGUGGGGCACGGGGAACCGUCCUGGGCGCUGGAGGACCUCCCGUUGGCUGCCCGGGGUCAAGCUUCCCGGUCGGAGGUGCGGUCGCCAAGCUCUGAACCUCUGUGCAGCAAGGGGGGAGCAAGGAAGAAGCGAAAGCUGUUGAAGGAUGAUGCGGCGGAUAGGAAGGAGGAGGGGUUAUCUGCUCCAACGGAGACAGGGCCGGGAGUUUUAGGCGACGGACUUGGACAAGAUAACGCGAAUGAGCUGGGAGGAAAUCUAGAUAGGUUGAGAGCCCCGGGGGAAAGUGGGAGCUGCUCGGAUGUCGAGGACAUUCCGUUGGCAUCGAGGCUGGGGAAGAAGAAGACGGGCAGGCGGAGGGAGAGAGCGGAAGCGGAAAAGACGGAACCUACGGAAGCCGCUCCUGCGGUCAGGGGUGCCGAAGUGAGAAGCGAAGAAGAUAGAGCGGGGGAGGGAAGAAGGGGUCGGCAUGACGAGUGGAAGGAGGAGGGGGAGACGAGGACCCAGGGGGCGGAGGGGCCAGAAGAACUAGGAAUGGAGCGAAAAGGAGGAGCUGUCAGCUUCGAACGACGACGGGAAGAGGCGAAACGUUCUGGGCGUCCGAUCGGCGACAAGGAGGCGAAGUCAAGUGGAAGCGGAAGCGGAAGCAGAAAUCUGAACGGAAGCCAACGUGUCAGGAGUUGCAGUCAGGGUGCGCCCGGAACGGAUGAAGAAAGGAGAAAUGCGAACGGACAGCGGGCGGAAAAAGUGAAUCAGUCUCAGAGAGCGGACUGCGCUGUUUCGUCUGUGCGCUUCGAUCCGGACGCCGUCGUGCCGGACAGCGAGUCCGAGGAAGAGGACACGUGGCGGCCGCCCAGAGCGACGGCCAGAACUGCCAUUGGGCGGAAUUCAAGUCAGCGGAACGGCGGAAACGGAACGGGGAACGCAAGGUUGACCCAGGGAAGCAACGGAUCUGCAUCAAGUAGUCCGACGGGCCGGGUGUUAGAGGCACUGGAACUGGGAACACGUGCAGCGAAUCCUCCGGCGAACUUGGCGAAAAGGAACGGUGGGAGUGAGCAAAGCCCGGGGAUUGCGACCGUUUCAGGGAAAGCUGCUCUGGGAAGUCUGCCCGUGAGCGAACCGGUAGACCAACGCCCUGACAACAGGCUCGCGGAAAGCCCAGACUCUGAGGCGUGCGGCCGGUUGUCUCUCCCGGCUCCCGAAUCUCAAGAGGGAUCCCCCCGGGGCACAGUACCCGAGAGUCCCGACUCGGAGACACGUGCCCUCCACGCACUGUCGAGCCAGGUCCGAAGCCCCAUAGCCUAUGAGAGCCCCGACUACAAAGUCCCGGAAACGCCGGAGUCGACAGCUGGUGGGGUCCCCGAACGCCACGUGUCGCAGGAGGAGGCCGUCAGUGCGCGCAAGGAGAACGGGGCUGCGGAGCAGAGGCCGCACCAGCGAGUUCCUGAAAGUCCUCAUUCUAGUUCGCCUCCGGCCAACGACUCCGUUCCGGUGGGAGCCGGGCCAGCGGAAAGUGAACAGCGGAACGAUGGCGUCGAGACGAAACGGGGCCUGAAACCGGUACCCUUUCCGGGUUUCUCGCCCCUGCCUUCGAGCGCCGCCUCGCCGUACCCUUCACGAGGGGAUUUGUCGGGCGUUGUGCCGGAAACGCCGGACUCAGCGUUCGCCCAAAACCAGGCGACCUCUCAGCAAAUCGGUGCCGACAAACAAGGCGACUUGCUGAGCAGCUUUCCCUUGCAACGGUCGCCGGUGCCGGAGACACCGCCGAGCCCCGCGCGUGGGACCGCUGCCCUGAACUCAGUCCCUGACCAGAUCAACGGUGUCAACGCAGAGAGCGACCCCUUGCGUGGCUUUCCGUCACGAUGGUCGCCCGUCCCGGCAACACCGUCUGCGCCUGCGGCAGAGACUCCAACCGCUCCCCAAAACAGUGUCAAUCAGCAGGGCGACUCCGGGCGUGGCGUGUCACCAGGGUGGUCGCCCGUCCUGGCGACACCGUCUGCGCCUGCGGCAGAUACUCCAACCGCACCCCAAAACAGUGUCAAUCCGGGGAGCGACUCCGGGCGUGGCGUCUCACCGGGGUGGUCGCCCAUCCCAGCGACACCAUCUGCGCCCGCAGCACAGACUCCAACCGCACCCCACCAGAACAGUGUCAAUGCGCAGGGCGACUCCGGGCGUGGCGUGUCACCAGGGUGGUCGCCCAUUCCGGAGACGCCACCGGAUCCGACGGAAGCGGCGUCCAUUUUCGGACGUCCGUCGCGGGUGCCCAUCGGACAGUGCGGGCUGGGCAGCCAAAGGGAAGGACGGCCGCAAGGGUUCGGCAGCCCCCAUCAAGGGAGCAGCUGGCCGCUCGGCAGCGGAGGUGGCCCCGAUAUCUACGCCCCAACAACAUACCCCUCCCCCGCUCUUCAACUCCGCCCCUCGGCACAGCCGCCAGUCGGACGCUUCUUCGGACGGCCUGAGGCUCCCGCUAACGGCGUUCAACAAGGCCUUGCCGAUACACCCCUUCUUGGCGGAAGCGCCGCCGGAGCGGAGAGCAGGCGGAACGGAAUGCAGCAGAACGGAAGCCAACGGGACGGAGAUUUCCCCGUAAGAAAGCCAUUACCCAGGCUCUGGCCCGGGCGUGACAACCCGAACCCAAAUACGACCACGUGGUAUCGCCCUGGUCCUGAUCUGGUGGCUCCACAGCAUCCUGCCACGUGUCCUGCGUCCAGCCCGAGCGACGCUUUGAACCGUCCGAUUGCGCCCCUCCCAAACGCUGAAACCCUGCGGCCGUCUCCGUCACAGUGGGAGCGCCUUAACGCGUCCCUGCGAGAGCAGUCCUCAGCCCAGGUCGAGAAACCCGGUUUGCAGAACCUGGUCAGGCCUAACGCGGUCGGAAACCGCGCGUUGCAAAGCGUGAUAGAGGCUAACGCGGACCAAACCCCCAUUCUGCAAAGUCUCGCCAGGCCGAGUACGAUCUCAACCGAGCCAGAGGCUGGGGUUGCCUGGCCGCCUAGCGACAUGACGUCAGCGGCAGCCGGUCGUAACGUCAGCGACCAACCCCUGUCGUCUUCUUAUUGCCCGCCAGUAGAAGGACGAGAGCCACGGAACCCUCCAGAUCUAGCGGUCGAUGCAAACGCGCCGCCGCCCCCUAGCAAGGGCCCAUUCACACCAACGGAAGCGCAGUCCGGUGCGAAAGGCCCUGUAAAUCAGAGUCCCGCCAGUCAUAGGAGUAGCGGAGAGUGGAUGCCCACGUCACAGGCCCCGACAGGGCCUCCCUCGGUAGGGCCUCCCCGGAAGCUGCGGCGCCUGAGGAAGGCGAAGAGCGGAACGGAAAGCGUUCCGCAGCGGAAUGAGGGCGGGUUGGAAAGGGUUGCUGCGGAGCGGAAUGUGGCCGAUGAGCGGGAGGCGCCGAGGGCAAAGAGCAAAGCGGGCCGGAAAGAGGCGAUGCAGAGUUUGCUAAAGAAGGGGAAAGGGCAGGCGCGGAAUCUUGCCAGCGUCUUCUUUGACGAGGAAGCCGAGGUGUCCGGCGACGAGGCCGCGUCUUCGGACGAGUCCGGCGACGGUCCGGAGGAGGACGACAGCUUCAUCGACGACCGGUCGCAAGUCACGGCCUCCGCGGCGACCACCACUCCGUCAGCAGGCGCCGAGGCGUCGCCGGGGGACAUGAUGGCGCUCUACCGGCGCUCCCUGCUGACCCAAUCCCCCUUGGAAGACGCCUCGCCGCUCAACGCGCCCCGGUUCAAGUCCCCGCCCCGGGCGCAGGCCAACAAGAACUUUGGCAAGAUGCGUUUCCUGCCCGGUAGACGGCGGUCGGAGCACUCGGAAGGAGCGGUCGAAGGCUCGCUGGGGUACGAAGAGUCGUUAGAGUCGGAAGACGGCGCCACGGAUGGGUGCGAAGGAGACGGAAAGGAGGACCGGAAGUUGAAUGGGGCGCCCGGUGCGUGCCACGUGGCGGGCGCUGAUAGGGAGGGGCCGGCUGGGAAGAAACGGAAGCUCGCCUUUCCGGAUAACCAGUCUUGGACACCGUGGCAGAUUGGAAAAGCGGACGGGGCAAGCGCUCCAGCACACGGAGAGGGGGGGUGGCAGGGGGCCAAUGCGACUGUUCUUUCUGCCCCCCCGGAACGGCCGUGGCUGCACUGCCCUGCAAUUGCAGAGGGAGCCGGGGUGGUUGGCGUGAGAAGUGGCCACGUGGCAGCACCUCAGGAUGACACGCGGGAAGACGACUUCCUGGCGGGGUUGGAUCUCGACCGGCUGGAAGCGGAGGCGCUGGCGGCCCGGUCUCAGCAGCCGCCGCCUCGGCUGUCAGUGACAUCCGGACGUCCAAAAAUGGGGGCUCCUUGUCCGGAGGUUCCCGGCGCCGUGCGCGCUAUAGGCGUGUCCAUCGCCAAUCUGGAACUGAGCGGGUUGAGUAAGACGGGGCUGCCAGUGCCACAGGGGGAGGUUGCAACGGGUGCAUUGGCGCGGAGCCCACUUGCAAUGGAGCGAAGCAUCUCGCAAUUGGCGACGUCGGGGGGGAGGCUUCGGAAGCGGCGGUCGCUUGAGGAUGACGACGGCAUGCCCUCCUUUGAUCUGGGGCUCGACUGAAGCCUUCAGAAUGCUAAACGUGUUGUACAGAAUGUCUUUCUUGCUUUGUCUCACGGGACAUGAGCAAUCUCCAGCUUCGUGCUGAGUAUAGGACAUAAACAGACGCGGAAUGAAUGCAGUGGCCCGAAUGGCAAGCCUCUUCACAAGCAAUGACUCGUCCCGAUCGGGUUGUGUUUGUAAGUGACGGA